UCAAAGGUUUGUGAUAUUAUUAUUACAUCAAACUGAUGAAUUCCUCGAUCGCUCAGAACCCCAACUUAAGCAUUGAAGAGAGGUUUUUGCAGCUCCAAAUCGCCUCCGAAAGACCAGAAGUAGAUUCGAAGCCUAAGAUACAACGCGUAGCUCAUCAACUUGUGGGAGAUGGAAAAGAGCAUUAUGAGAAGCAUUUCACUCCAAAGCUGGUGUCUUUGGGUCCCAUCCAUUACGGUGCUCCCAAGCUGCAGGCAGGAGAACAGUACAAGCAAAUAUGGGCAUCAAAGUUCAUCAGCUCCAACAACCAAAGCCCGCAGUUUCUGUUCAGAAAGAUUGCAGAAAAUUUUGAAGCUCUGAAAGAGCUGUUUGCGCCGGAUCUAUUCACCGGCAACCAUCUGUUUUGGAACUAUUCCGGCCAAUUGUUCAGCAGCAUGGAGGAAAUGAUAUGCUGGACGCUGCUGGUGGAUGCCUGUGCCCUGCUACAUAUCCUGGAACACGCCAACCUUUCGCGACCAGAGGAAAUGAAUGUUAAGGUUGAGCAACUGAUUCUGGUGGUGCAGGAUGUUUUGUUGUUGGAGAACCAGCUUCCGUACCCGUUGCUGCAACUGCUAGGGGGAGGAACCAACGAGGUGGAGUUGAUCCAAACCAUGAACAAGUUUCUUAUUAGGUGCGAUGAAUGGGCCGCUGCAAAUGGAUAUAAAAGGAGGAUGGAGUUGGAAGCACCUACUCAUCUUCUCCAUCUUAAGCGCUCUAUCAUCUUGUAUGACAGCCCUCCAAAACAUACCACAUAUGUUAAAACUUCAACUCAAGACUUUUCGAUGACAUAUAGAAACAUAAUGGAGUUGAAAGCGGUCGGGGUUGAAGUGAAAUUAAGCAAGACACGUAGUCCAAGAGACGUAUCUUUCUCCCAUGGCAGGUUCUUUUCGAUAUUGAGACUUCCAGAGAUGGUUGUGGAUGACGCAACAGCUAGUUUUACACUGAACUUGAUAGCGUAUGAGAUGUGUCCUGAUUUUGAUAACGACUCUGGGAUCCGUGAUUAUAUCUCUUUCAUGAAGUCCCUCAUAGAAACCCCUAAUGAUGUGAAGGCCCUGAGAUCAGCACGAGUUCUGAUGAACGCAUUAGGGAGUGACCAAGAUGUGCUCCAUCUCUUCACUACCUUAAGCAGGGACUUGGUGUCUAACAUGGGAAACUAUGGUGGUAUCAUGCUUCAAAUCGAGAAGCAUUAUCGGCAUAAGUUCUUGCCCACUUGGAUAGCCCUUACCUAUCUCACCUAUUUCAGGAACCCUAUUGCCUUUCUUGCAGCAACUCUAGGCCUUAUCCUCACUUUUAUUCAAACCUGGUACUCCGUUCACCCAAAGAAAUAACAACACUACUAGUACUGUUUUCAUGUUACAUAACCACAAUUUUACCCAUAUAAUUUCGCCUUUUUUUUUUUUAAUGUUUGUCUCUGCGAUUGUUUCGGAUUUAUUAAUG